AACGGGUGCAAUCUUAGUCGCAAGCCUGUAAGGGCCUACUGGCGGUCUUCGUGCUAACCAAGCUCCUUUUCCUGCAGAAAGGCUUGCAGAAAGAUUAAAAAAAGGCUGUACCCCAAGCCAGGAGCGGCCUGUUCAACUCGAAGCGCACAAGACGAACUAGCCCGAAGCACGCCAAGCCUGACCAUCUUCUCCAUCUUUUGGCUGUCUGAACUCGAAACACGCAGCUUUGCUCAGCUCCGCUCUUCACUCGUGGGAGCCUUCACCAAUCCCUCCACCUAGAUCUUAACCUGCACAUCUGGUCCAUGGCGUCGACGCGUCGGACGAAUUACCACCACCAGCUCAACAUCUACCACGAUCCCGUGCCGGUACUGCCGUCCACGACUUUCCACGAUCUCCCACAAGAUUCGGUCGAGGCAGCUCUUCUAAGCGCCCUUGGCCAACAACCUUUUAGACAAACGGGCUUCUUGCUCAGUCCUUCGCACAACUCGCUCAGCACCGGCUCACCGAGAAAGAACUCGAGCUCGCCAGCCGGCUCUCUUGGCAGACGCUCGUUCCACAACAACAUCGCCGUCCCCUCUCCGCUGCAACCAAACUCCUCCAUCGACUCUCCCGCCAAGCGCGGUUUCUUUUCCGCCAUGAACAUGAACAAGGAAAACAUGUUCCCCUACGACCACCACGUCUACGCCGCACAAAAAGCAGUGCCAAUCAAGCGAGCACUGGCAGACAAGUCCAACAAGAAGGCUGUCAAGCCGGCAGAGCAAUUCGACUUUGUCCUACCCGAGCCCGAAGAGAUGCCUUCAGUACACGACGACGGCAACAAGCCCACCUUCAGCUACGCGACCCUCAUUGGCAUGGCCAUCCUGCGCGCGCCCAACCGCCGCCUCACACUCGCGCAGAUCUACAAGUGGAUCUCGGACAACUUCAAGUACUACCGCGCAUCCGAGACUGGCUGGCAGAACAGCAUCCGUCACAAUCUCAGCUUGAACAAGGCCUUCAUUAAGCAGGAGCGCCCCAAGGAUGACCCCGGCAAGGGUAACUACUGGGCAAUCGAGCCUGGUAUGGAGCGUCAGUUCUGCAAGGACCGUCCUCUAAAGAAGGUGCAAAUUCCCUCCGACAUGAUGCCUCUGCAAACUCUUCCCAGCAACGCUCCCCGUCCCGUCACAACUCCUGCGAUUGGCCGCUUCGCUCUGGGUCCCAACCCGGUCAAGAAGACUGACACUAAGGCUGUUGAUUCUGCCUCGUUUCCUCAAGACCACUUUUCAUCGGACGGCACUAUCCCUGCUAGCGACCCUGCUCUCCAAGACGAUGAGCUCGCUAUGCCUCCUCCUGCCGCACGUGCCUCUAUGCGUUCAUCGCCUCCCCCAGCCUUUGGCUCGUCUCCUCCGCCCAUGCAAGACACUCCUCCUCGUUCCUCUCGUAUGCGAUUCCCCACCGAGACACACUCUGGCGGCGCCCGCAAACGCAAGUUCAACGCUCCCCAAGACAGUGGCUACUACUCGUCGAUAGAGUCGUCGGUAGUUAGAAACCCUACUGUCUCUCACGUUACCCUUACUUCGGAUGCCGACCCGGACCACCGCCGCAUCAAGCGUGGUCGUGCUGAGGAAGAGAUUGCCCGCAUCCGCAGCUCCUCCUACGACAGCCCUACCAAGCAGAAGACUGCUCCUCACAAGCGCAAGCCUUCAGUCCACUUCGAGUACACUUCGCCCCAGCGCCCCACCUCUUCAGCUGCUGCAGUUGCUCCUCUGACUCCUGCUGUUGUCUUCAAGCGUCCUGCCAAGCCUCCGCAAUCGUGUUCUCCUAACACCAGCCUGCGCAACCACCGCAACAACAUCAAGGCUUUCCUCGGUGAAUCUCCUGCUAAGAGCUGGACUCCUCUGGUUCCCUUCUCCCCUGCCUUCAAUCUCGACGAGUUCACUCCUGCCAAAGACCUCACUCCAUGGCGCCCUUCCAACGACGUCUUUGACGAGAACGCUGUUCUUGAAGACUUCAGCGCUCGCGGCAGCCCUGGCAAGAAGCGUCCCCGCAUUGAACGUGCCGUCACUUCUACUGGUGUCCUGGCUGAUAUCACCUCGGGCAAGGGCAAUGCUAUGGCCUUUGACUCCCCCUUCAACUUCCACUUCACCCCUCUGAAGGCCACUCACCCUGCCCAACUGCGCUCUCCUGUCAUGCUCGGCUCGCCUUUGAAGCGUGUCACCAUGGCUCCUCCCUCCACCGGCGUAUCCGAGAACAGUGUCAACGCCCCCGACUGGCUGGAUCUGUCUCUUGACAACUACCUCCCUCAGCAUGGACAGGAGCUCUUCGGUCUCGGUAUUCAGGACGAUAUUUUCGACGAGCAGGGUGUUGACAUCCUCCAAGAAUUUGGCAAGAUCGGCUCCAAGCAGCAGCCCCAGCUUCAGCCUACCCACCCUGGAAGCAGCAGCAUGGGUAGCCCAGCCAAGCGCUCUCAAAGACCCAGCAUCAGCAGAAGCAUCACCUCGAGAUUCUAAACUCGACACAACUAGGCCCGGAGCCCCUACGAACCCAGCGUAUAGAUUGCGCGGAAUGUUGAUUAUGAACAUCAAACAAAUGAUACCCACGACUAUG